AUGUUCCGUUCAUUGGUCGGGCGACGGAAGACGAUAGUGCACACCGGCAGAUCUCGGCUUGUUGCCGUGGUGUCUCCCUAUCCGAUCUUUUACCUGUUUCUGUUGCUGCGAGCUGGUAGCGGUGCGAAGCUAUCGCCGGUAGCCAACAACCGACAGAUUGAGCAGCGGUUUGCGAUGGAACCGCAGGACCAGACGGCCAUCGUCGGUUCGAGAGUAACGCUGCCCUGUCGGGUGGUCAACAAGUCGGGCCAAUUACAGUGGACCAAAGAUGAUUUCGGUUUAGGCACACAUCGGAAUUUGAGUGGAUUUGAACGGUACACGAUGGUGGGCAGUGAUGAGGAGGGUGACUUCUCGUUGGACAUCUCCCCGGUAAUGUUAGACGACGACGCCAGGUACCAAUGUCAAGUAGGACCCGGAAGAGGAGGAACUCCUGGAAUUCGAUCGAGAUUUGCCAAGCUGACCGUGUUAGUACCACCAGAAGCACCGAAAAUCGUCCAAGGUGACUUUAUGGUCACGACGGAGGAUCGCGAGAUUGAGCUGGAGUGUGUAUCGGUUGGCGGUAAACCGGCCGCAGAAAUAACCUGGAUCGAUGGGUUGGGCAAUGUGCUGACGAAGGGCAUCGAGUACAUGAAGGAACCGUUGCGAGAUGCGCGUCGCUACACCGCCAAAUCGAUACUGAAGCUUACACCCAAGAAGGAACACCACAACACCACGUUCACCUGCCAGGCGCAGAAUACAGCCGACCGGACGUAUCGUUCGGUACGGUUGAAGUUGGAGGUGAAGUAUGCGCCGAAGGUGAAAAUUGCCGUGAUAGGAGGUGCUCUCAACGGGGGCCGUAUUCUCGAGGGAACGGAGGUUCGGUUGUCCUGUCGAGCGGACGCUAACCCGCCAGAUGUAACCUUCCGUUGGUACGUUGGUGAGGAGCUGUCUGAGGCUAAUCAUGCAUCAGAACUGCUCAUUGCUAACAUUUCGCGGCGAUAUCACGGGACUACAGUCAGGUGUGAGGUGCGCAACGCGGUCGGCAAGAGUGAGGAGAGCGUAACGCUGGACAUCAGCUACGGGCCCAGCUUUCGCGCCCUGCCACAAUCGCUCGAGGCUGACCAAGACGCUACCGUAACGCUGAGCUGCGACAUUGACGGUAACCCAUCGCCGGACGUCCUAUGGAUACAUGAACCUUCCGAUCAGGUUGUAUCGAGCGCUAACAACGUAACGCUCGUCGUCACAACCGCCACAGCCGGUCGGUAUUAUUGCAAAGCGAGCGUCCAAGGAUUCGCCGAGAUAGAAGCAGAGGCUACCGUUUAUCUGCGGGGCCCACCUGCGAUCAACUCACCGCGCCAACAGUACGGUGCCGUUCAUGACAGUGCCCAACUAGAGUGUGUUGCUCUUUCAAUUCCCAAGCCCCGACACGUGCUGUGGUCGUUCAAUGGGCGUGAAAUUAACAUCAGCUCUGAGCCAAGCGCUGCCGAAUACCGGGCACUGGACAUUCCCAUCCCGAACGGUGUCCGAUCGACGCUAAUCAUUCACCACUGUCAACGGGAGCACUUUGGUCGUUACAACUGCACUGUGGUAAAUGAUUACGGCAUUGACUUUUUGGAAAUUGACUUCGUCUCCAAAGAACAAAAUCUGUUACCAGUUAUCGUGUUGGGCUCUCUUGGAGGCAUAACGUUUUUAAUCAUUGUCAUCGUGAUUGUUAUCUGCUUGUGUAGUCGUCGAAAUAAAAAGAAGCACCUUCCUCCAGCUGACGUCAUCCCUAAGUAUGAUGUACCCGGUAAAGAAUGUGGCGAACAUGGAGGCACGACGGUAAGCACCGAACAUAAAAUAGACCGAAUCGACGAUAUGCUGGAUGGGGACCAUCCGAGGGAUACCAUCACCACAAACAUUGUGUUGAACGUGCGCUCGGCAGCAGUGCCACAAACCGGCACCGCUGCCAUCAGUUCGUCUCUGACAGCGCUAAAGGGUGAUACUACCACCGAUUACAGCCGUUACUCCGGAGACUUUUCCGACUCGCUGAGUCAUCUUCAAUGUCAGAAGGCCAGCGGUCCGGGCGGUGGUGUGGGUAGUAGCAACAACAACGGCUACGUCCCGUACGUCAACUAUGCCCGCGACUAUAGCCCGCCGACGCAGCACCUGAUGCAGUUUAAGGCGAGCAGCAGUAGCAAUAGCAUUGGCAACACGCUCACCGGCAAACCGCCGGCCAAGCCACCGAACGGCCAGUUGCCGACUGGCACGAUGACACUGUCGCGAAAACGUACCCCGGCGCCGGACCUUACCCGGCCAGCCGAAACAGGCCUGCCAAGCAUCCAGAGCAGCGUGUCCUCCAUCCCGAACGGAUUAAUGAAUCAUCCCAUGCUCGGUUGCCAUAUCGGACUGGAUACGAGGUUCGGUGCCAACUACGGUACAUUGCACGGUCGCGGCAGCAGCAGCCCGAUGCAGCUACCCCCACCCGCAACGGCCAAUCCCGCCGCAACCCCAGCACCACCACCGUACAGUGCGACGCGCAACCAGAACUGUUUGCUCGGGCUGGGACUUACACCCGCACCCGGUGGCACCUCCAGCAGUUUGGCCAGCAGCGGCAACAAUUCGGCGUUGCUAGCCACCGGUUCCAGUAGCCCGAGUUCGACGCAGUCCGGUUCGCUUUCGCUCGCCAGCUCGCAGCUGUCGCAGGCAGCAUCGAUUUCGGGCACGGGAACCGUCAGCGCACCAGGGCAGCCGCAGGGUCAGCAGCCACAGCAGCAACAGCAACCAAACAGCCCUCCCGGACAGUUUAUUCUUCCUUCCAGCAACACCAUCAAACCGGGCGUGCUGGCGACACACGUGUAAGCCGGCACCAGCGAACCAUCUUGUGCAGUGUGCGAGAUAUUAUUCGACCCGAAGCGUGGUCGCAUUAGAUACUUGUCAAUUCAGUUUUAACACACCCAUUCCCCUGAUAGUAGGGUAGCUAAUCCUCGUAUAAACUAAGAACUGAGCUUUACUUACUGAUCAACACCUCAUACGAAUGGAGCACACUGUUAUACUUUGCCUUCGUUGCAAUGCAGGGUGACAGCAAGGUGGACGAUGGCAACGCUUCUAUCUCCACGGUUUUACGAGCGGAUGGCAUGCAAGUGGACAAACUUCUGCAGACAGCUACUCGGACAGAUACGGAUGCCGGCUACUGCUUCGAGACAUGCGAGUCCACAUUUUAACUCCGUACCAAGAGGUAGAUUUUACUCCAGCAGUCCGUAUCCAGUAUUUGCCGAGGUGAUCCAUUACCCAACGUUACGCUCAAUUGCUGGACGACGUUGGCGCGAAUCGUGGAGGCUCAGAAAAACCCAUACAAAAAAACAGAGACUAACAUUCGACCGUAAACUUUCUAAUCUCGUGCAAAACCCAACACAUAUCCAAGACGCUGAUAAGAUAUAGCCUGAUCUACGUGAACGCAAAAAAAAAGAAAACAAAAAAACACACAUUCUAGCAUUAAUUACCCGCGCCACCGGUCGGUACGGUUACGGUACGGAAUUGUUAAUAUAUAGUCAAUACUACUGUAUCGUUAUCAUAAGCGCUUUGAGCUACAAAAAGGUAAGAUUCUAUCGUGCUAGUGUAAUGUCGAUUGCCAUCGCUUCGGUUCGUUUUGUUUCCAUCGCGUUUCCAUGCCCUGGAGCUAUCGCACACACACAAAAACCACCUGAAUUGAAUGCAUGAGUAAGUGUGGCCUUGUUCGAUGUUGUCCGCCUCCAUACGUUAGUGCACGUGUCAAAUGCGCAUUCUUCAAAGGAAACACGCACUCAAAACACGGUGACGUUAAGCUGUUUUCGUUGUGUUGUCAAAGAUUUUAAAAAGCAAAGGGGGUUCCGGUUUCGGUUUGCCCAAACUCCACUUUUUCGAACUCCACUCGCAACUGUGCAUUCCCUGUGCUGUUCGCUAAAAUUAAGCUUUAGAUUACAAUCAAACACGGAGGUUGUACGAGCCCGCGACAGUUGGCAAUUUGUAGUUUCGGUUUGGAUGCAAACAUUCCAAAGCAGCCUAACUCCUGUGCCACAUCCAUAUCAACUCUCAUAUCAUAGCUCCCAGUUUUAAAAGUCUAUUACUGUGAAACUAAAAAAAACAGCCCCUUUUACCGCCAUCCUGUUGCGGUAAUAGAAGAGUCACACCAGAGAUAGCAGCUCGUCUGCAGGGAUGUGAACGAAAUCAUUAAACAAACAGAAUAACACUCGUAAGUAUAUCCGGCUUUAAGGAUGCAACUUGUUGUACCACAUCUUGACAUAGGAACCAAACUACAUCGAAGAUUCAGUUAUUGGGCUAAAAUUUACUAGAAAAUUUUAAAGAUCUUGGUAUUAUUGACGUAUCUAUAUGUUUUGCAAAGACGGACGGAGAUGCAUAUGAGUGUCGGGACGCCAAGACUCACACUAGACAAGAUUUAUACAGUUGUCCUAAUCCUUUCUCCAAUAAAACAUCCCGUAGUUAAUCAUUGAAGAUGCUCUAUUGCUGACAACCCCAAACCAUGCAUAAUCUGAUUAUGCUGAUAUGUCAGAAGUCGGAAUUUCCAGUAAGAUAACAAUUGAUUUCCCUUUCUCGGGUUUGUUCUACUAAUUUUUGGAAAGAAUAUUACCCUAGAAAGUUCGACGUCUGAAGAGAGAUCAGAGUACCCUAGAAAUUCUAGCAAGAAAUAAAACCCUAGUGGCCGUACUACCAAUAACAUCGACGAACAGUGUUGCACAACUUCAUCUAUAAAAUUUAAUAUAUUUCACGUACAACGAAGAUCAUUCCAUGGUAUAUUUCCCAAUGCAAUUCGGUGAUAUUACAAUCGGUGGUAGCCAUUUUAAAGCUUAAGUCUAGCGAUAUACAAACAUACUGCCGAGGCAACUAAACAGUAGUAUACUUCAGGUCAAACAAUUUUCAAAACGGCACUAGCAAAAUUACAAACAUUGCGCUACAUCUAAAGUUAUGUUAACUGCCUGAUGAAGUUAGCCUGUUUCUUGCGAGGAAUAUAAGGAAAGUACAAGCGCUAGUGAAGAACGGCCAUUUUCCAAACAAAGUGUUUAUCCGAGACUAUGCAACAAUGUUGAAGAAGCCCAGCAAGAUUUUACACCUGAAUUGUGUUACGAGAUUGUGUAGGUAAAGAAACACCCCAAACCAAUCGCAUCUUGCUAGAAAAACUGAGAUGUAUUUUAAAAAACUCGCGAGCAAAACAAAACUUAUCAGUAAAGAAACCAAAUCAUCCAUUUUAAAAUCACCACCAUUUAUUCUAACCCCUUUCUCUCGCGUUCUCUUACAUCAUCGCCUAAUACACUUUACUAAACAUAUACAAACUUUACCCUCCCCCCAUUCCCAUGCAGCAUCAUAUCGGGGAGAGACAAGGUUGUCCAAAAACGAAUUUUGGGUCACCGGUGAGAUAAGCUAAAGGAGAUAGAUAGAGUGAACGAGAAACGAAGAUAUAUAGAAAUAAAGAGAGAGACAGAGAGAAUAAGUAAAACAAAAACACACAAGAUCCCAUUUACUGUAUAAGCGAAUGUCUAGAUAACAAAGGAAUUAUAGAAGCUUGCUAAGUAUAAUGCAGAAAGAAAGAGAAGAGAGAAAACAAAACAAAACAAACAAACAAAAAAUAAACGAAACUCUUAUAACUAGUGACACACAUUGGGCGAAUGAAAUAUCCAUUUUCGGUAGUGAUAGCUAGAUAGAGUACAUUUUUCAAUUCAAACAUUCCAAAACGAAACAACAAACAAGCAAACAAACAAACAAACAAAAAAAAACGGCAACAAAAGAAUGGAGCAUUUCGGUUUUAAA